AUGGCUGGAGAAAACAAUGGUAGACGCACUAUGGUGGAUCACACCACUGUUGUUGGCCCUCAUCACUAUAAUAGCAUUGCAAGGCCGAGGGUCAAUGCUGCAAACAUGGAGGUGAAACCAGCGUUGAUACAAUUGAUGAAGAGCAACCAAUUCAAUGGACUAUCUUAUGAAAGUCCAUAUGAACAUCUGACCACAUUCAACGAGAUUUACAACACUGUGAAGAUCAAUGGUGUGCUGGAUGAAGCUAUAAAGCUUAUUUUGUUUCCUUUCUCAUUGGGAGUUACUGUGUAUGCAAGAGUUUUAAAAAGUUUCCUUGAAAAGAAGAGAUAUCUAGAUGACGAAACUAUUUAUGAACAGGGUGGUUCUAGUGUCUUGUUGAAGAAAUCACGUCCUCCAAAAGUGAAGGAUCCAGGAAGUUUUACCAUUCCUUGCAUCAUCGGGAAUGUAAAAAUAGGGAAAGCCCUAAUUGACUUAGGGUCAAGCAUUAAUUUGAUGCCCCUAUCUGUGCUCAAGAAGAUUGGUGGUCUUAAAGUAAAGCCGACAGAGAUCUCUUUGCUAAUGGAGGAUGGAUCAGCUAAGAAACCCUAUGGUGUGGUGGAAGAUGUUGUUAUUCGAGUUGAGAAACUUGAAUCCCUGAUUGACUUUGUGGUGAUAGAGAUGGAGGAGGACAAAGAGAUCCCAAUUAUUCUUGGAAGGCCGUUCAUGAAAACGGCAAAAGUUAGGGAAGAAGGUAGAGAUGACAAAGGAAGGAUGGUUCACUAUGACUUGGAGAAUGCACAAUUUAAACUGGGCACCCCUAUGAGAUUCAAGAACAAGUUAUGGGUUGUGAAAGAUUUCAAAGAGAAUGGAGUGAUAGAGAUUGAAGCUCCAUAUUCUAGACAAGUCAAAAAGGUGGAUCAGAAGCAGUUGAUGAGUUGGUGUGAUGAAAGCAAGAGAAACACCAACAUUGGAGACGAAACUUGA